GAUCGACUUUUGUAGGCGCGGAUGGAUGUUGGGCUAGCUAAGGAAAUUGCUAGAAUUCCCAUCUUCUUGAUGGGACUUCUUUUCUUAUGUUUCUACAUAGCCAUAGCUCAAGCACAAUACAUUAAUUAUAAAGACCCCAAACAGCCAUUAAAUUCUAGAAUCAAGGAUUUAGUGAGCCGGAUGACUUUGGAGGAAAAGAUUGGCCAAAUGGUGCAGAUAGACCGCAGUGUCGCUUCAGCUGAGGUGAUGAAGAAGUACUUCAUUGGGAGCAUAUUAAGCGGGGGUGGGAGCGUUCCAGCACAAAAGGCUUCUGCAGAAACUUGGAUUAACAUGGUCAAUGAUUUUCAAAAGGGGUCUUUAUCAACUCGUCUUGGGAUUCCAUUGAUUUAUGGUAUUGAUGCUGUUCAUGGCCACAACAACGUCUACAAGGCAACAAUCUUUCCUCACAAUAUUGGGCUCGGAGCCACCAGGGAUCCGGAACUUGUUAAGAGGAUCGGAGCUGCAACUGCACUUGAAGUUAGAGCUACAGGCAUUCCAUAUGUCUUUGCCCCUUGUAUAGCGGUUUGCAGAGAUCCAAGAUGGGGUCGCUGUUAUGAAAGCUACAGUGAAGAUCCUAAGAUUGUUCAAGCAAUGACUGAGAUCAUUCCCGGCUUACAAGGGGAGAUACCAGCUAACUCCAGAAAGGGUGUUCCCUUCGUAGCAGGAAAGUAAGAAUUUUAAUUCCUUGGUUUUUGACAUA